AUCGUCCAUUUUCUUUUUACCAGCACCGGUCGUAGAAGCACACGUGCUGUAUUGAAAAACUAGAAAUCAUCGUUAAUCUAAAUAAUCAUUCAACAAUACCAAAAACGAGAAUUAAGAGACAGUCAACGGUGUCGUGAGUAGUGAAAGUGAUAAACGUCAACCAAUAUGAAUUCGGAAAAGCUGAAAAAACUACAAUCACAAGUAAGAAUUGGAGGAAAAGGUACCCCACGAAGAAAGAAGAAGGUUGUUCAUUCUACCCAAGCCACAGACGAUAAGAAAUUACAGUCUUCCCUGAAGAAAUUGUCAGUUAACACUAUACCAGGCAUUGAAGAAGUAAACAUGAUUAAAGAGGAUGGAAGUGUUAUUCAUUUUAAUAAUCCCAAAACGCAAGCCUCUCUAGCAGCGAAUACAUUUGCCAUAACUGGACAUGGAGAAAACAAACAGAUUACAGAUAUGCUGCCAGGGAUUUUGAGUCAGUUGGGCCCGGAGGGUAUCACUCAGUUGAAACGACUAGCGAAUACAGUUGCCAAUUCUGGAAGCGUUGGUAAAAUAGUUCCCGAAGACGAGGAAGAUGUGCCAGAUCUAGUAGAGAAUUUUGAUGAAGCCUCAAAGACCGAGUAUUUGUGUGUCGACUAAUCUACCAAAACUUUUUGUUGAAACCUAGCCAUUAUAAUUAGAACAUCUCUUAGGAAAUAUAUGAAUGUUCUAAGGAGGUUUAGUAUUUUUUCAUAACUUCUUUCUAUUGUUCGAUUGUUAACGGAAUCUUGAUUUGGUGGAACACAAGAUUGAUAAUUCGGAAUAUUAUUUGUAAUAUAAAAUCAUAGAAAACCUUGAAUGUGGUACAUA